AAGGGAGCUCGUAUCUAACCCCUUCCGUUCGCGACACAUUCAGAAGUCGGGGGAUCUCUUCUCUUCAUAUUUUCUGGUGACGGUGCAGAAAUAAUAAUAUACUAAGCUAAUAUAUCAUGCCUCUCCCCGGACUUAAAGCUCUACCGGCCUUGCCGGGAGGUCACGCGAGCUUCUCCAUCAGCGUCUUCCUUUCAUACAUCGUCGACUGGAUUCUCAUAGUCGGCAUCGCCCUCAUUGGAUAUGGUUUUCACAAAGUCGAGCCAAACCACAUGCCCUUCUCCCUUACCGACGUCAGCUACUCAUACCCAUACACAGAGGACGAAACAAUCAGCACAAGCGUGCUAGUAGUCGUCUCGCUGAUAGCACCCGCCGUGAUAAUCGUAGCUAUCUGGGAAUGGAAUGCCGGAUGGCUUGGACUUGGGCUGGCUUGUGCCGCUGCGUUUAUGGCUACGGAGGGGCUGAAAGAUCUUUAUGGCAAGCCGCGUCCGGACAUGCUUGCGCGGUGUGAUCCGGAUCUCGAGAAUAUUGCUACUUAUGCGGUAGGUGGACUUGGGCAGAGACUGCAGGGGGCUCCCACAUUGGUUAGCUGGGAUAUCUGCCGGAAUAAGGCGGAUUUGUUGAAGAGGGGUGGGUUUGUGAGCUUUCCUAGUGGGCACUCGUCUCUUUCAUUCGCCGGUCUAACCUACUUCUCACUUUGGCUGUGCUCCAAAUUCUCGAUCAAAUUCCCCUACCUCGCGCAUACACCGCUGACACAGGACCUGCGCCCUCGGAACCGCUUUGCGACCCGUAAUCAGGGCGCCGCGCCGCCCAUCUAUCUGAUAAUCCUUGCGUUUGUGCCGUGGGCAGUAGCAUUCUUUAUAUCGGCUUCUCGCUGGUUCGAUUAUAGGCACCAUGGCUUCGAUAUCAUUUUCGGGUCUGUAAUGGGCAUGUCGUUCGCUUGGGUCGCGUUUAGGCUGUAUAGUCCACCUCUUGAGCGUGGUUCCGGGUGGUCGUGGGGAGCCAGGAGUAGGGACCAUGCGUUCUUCAAGGGCGUAGGAAGCCCGAGCAAUGUGGGAGAUGAUGGGUGGGCGACUCUGAGAGUCGAGUCCGAAAUGCCUGGCACGGCGGCCAUGACGCAGAACGGAUUUGACUUGGAAAGCGGGAGGCGGCAUUUGGCGGCAUGAGGUGUGCCGGCAUUGACAAGUCGCAUAUCGAAGUAAGGAUGUCGGAGAAAAAUCGUCAUAACCGUUAUGUGAUUUAUAUCCAGCGAUUUUCCGUCCGUUGCAUCAUAAAAGAAUAGAAAUUCCUUUUCACCUUCAUACUGCAGUCAACAAGUCCGUACUUGAGGAGCAUGGAUGC